GGCAUUGGACCCAACAUUGGAUUCGGGUCGGUCUGGAUUUUGGACCGACCCGAAUGAAUUCUAAACUAUAGCCCCAGCUCGACAAAGUGCAGCUGCUACUGAGAGGGAGAAAGAGCUUCAUUCGGCGGCUAGGGUUUCACUUCGUCAACGUCUCCGAAGAAGAGAGCUCCGAACUUAGCAGCCAUGGCGACCACCAAAGUCCAGAGGAUUAUGACCCAGCCCAUUAAUCUGAUAUUCAGGUUUCUUCAAAGCAAAGCUCGAAUUCAGAUUUGGCUAUUUGAGCAGAAAGAUUUGAGAAUUGAAGGCAGAAUCAUAGGAUUUGACGAGUACAUGAAUUUGGUUCUGGAUGAUGCUGAAGAAGUCAAUGUCAAGAAAAACACAAAAAAGACUUUAGGAAGGAUUCUCCUCAAAGGAGACAACAUUACGCUGAUGAUGAAUACGGGAAAAUGAUGUUUUUGCAGUGCAUGUGAUCACAUGGAGGUUGAUGUUUUUAGAUUCUGCAGUAGCCUUUUAAUUCAACUCGGGUAUCGUAUAUGUCCAUAGACAUCUUAAAGAUGACUAAAUCUGUGUACCUUGGAUUCAUAGCAAAUGAUAUUAUUCUCUUCUUGUUUA